CACAAAAGUCUUCUCGAAGGCAUGCCGAGCAACGCUAGAAGCUUUUGCCUGCGCUUACGGUAUUCUGUCUGUCUGCCCAGCCCGCGGUGCAUGUCGGAUUGUCAACCAAGCGAAGCCAAGUUUUCUUGCGGUUUCUCGCGUCGUAAGUAAGCAAUGCACAACUCCAAGAGACAAGACGGACAAGACGGACGGGAUCGCCAAGCGUCGGGGAGACUAUGCUUAGCAUGCUUGAUGUUUUUGCUAUAGGUAAUUCGGACAACGAACAACGAUUAUCAGUUUGCC